CGCUCUCGAACACAGUCGCGUGCGUUUCAAUCUCGCAGCAAGUCGUCGUCUCGCAUCCGAGACUCGAGAAGUCGAGAAGUGCAUCAGCAACAUCGAGUGCACCGGUUUAGGCGAGCGCGCCGGCCGUUUCAGUGAGCUUUGUGAGCUUCCGUAGUGCUGUGAUGCUAGACCUCGCUAUGCUUUUCUGAAGAAACUAUUUUUUCGCAGUGGAUUCGCCUGACAAGCAGGAAGGCGCGCGCUCUUCAACCAACUCUCCGGAGUUGACGCUCCGGGACUCGCCAGGUGAUUUUGAACGUUGGAUGUUGAUGCUCCUACGUAGUUGCUGAUCACUUUUGUUGUCCUCCAUCGUCCUGUGUUUCCGAUGUUGUUGACUCCUUUUCGUUGUUUAUGCAUGUGGACUAGAGACUAGUUUAGAGGAUUAUCGCUGCUGCGAUGCAACCGUUACGAGAUGCGCUCAGGUCCUCCGGCUGUCAGGCAUCACUUCAGGCUUCAGCAACACUUUAACGCGCCGCAACAGACGCACACUGACUCCAACAACAACUCGCCCGCUUAUAACUUCCAUCUACAGAACAAGUGUACAGUCUUAGUACAGGGCGAAGUGUCAAGUGCCCCCCUGGUGGCGGCGAGCGCGCAGCCUUCCGCCCCAAGUAGUCCCCAGUCAAGUAUGCUUCUGCUCCAGACACAGACUCCGUUUGGCUCGAGCAGUUUCGCGGAUCUGCUGAGUGCACCGUUUUCGGACGACCCCAGCAGUGUCUUGCCCCCUGAAGACCUCGACCCCUUCCCGGAAGUCGCCCUCCAGUCCCAGCCCGCUUCGCCGGCGCCUCUCCCCAGCUUCCAGGAGACCUACUCGGUCCGCUACAACGCGCCCUUCAAGAUGGACGAAGAGUGCUUCAACGUCUCUUACCACCACCCGCCCACGCCUCACCACGUCACCGCGCCGCACCACUACGACUACCAGCAGCUCCAGUACACCACCGCCAGCCCCUACUACCCGCCCCCGCAGACCUGCAGCCCCAGCUUCGAGGCCCUCAUGUCGCAGGACUCCUACUCGCUGCCCGCCUACCAGACCGCCACCUCCGAGCUGCACGUCAGCACCACGCUGAGCCCGCGCCAGCGGCGGGCCUCCUUGCCGCUGCAGCGCUCAGAGUCCACCAGCAGCAGCGAGAGCCCCAAGCUCCGCAUGGCGGCACCCUCGGCCUGCUCCUCGGCGGCGAGCUCCCCGGGCGGCGCCGCCGAGUCCGGCUCCAAAGGACCGACGCCCCCCAGCCCUUCGCAGCUGUGCGCCGUCUGCGGAGACACGGCGGCGUGCCAGCACUACGGGGUGCGCACCUGCGAGGGCUGCAAGGGCUUCUUCAAGCGCACGGUCCAGAAGGGCUCGAAGUACGUCUGUCUAGCGGACAAGGCCUGCCCCGUGGACAAGCGACGGCGGAACCGCUGCCAGUUCUGCCGCUUCCAGAAGUGCUUGGCGGUCGGGAUGGUCAAGGAAGUAGUGCGGACGGACUCUCUUAAAGGUCGGAGGGGACGGCUGCCUUCCAAGCCCAAGUCCCCUCAAGAGUCGCCACCUAGCCCUCCAGUCUCCCUCAUCACGGCUUUAGUUAGAGCGCACGUCGACACCACGCCAGAUCUCGCAAACUUAGACUACUCCCAGUACUUAGAGCCCAGCCCCAUCGAGCCUGUUAUCUCCGAGGCGGAGAAAAUCCAGCAAUUCUACACCCUCCUGACGACCUCCGUGGACGUGAUCAAGAACUUCGCCGACAAGAUCCCCGGCUUCCAAGACUUGUGUCCCGAAGAUCGCGAGCUGCUUUUCCAAUCGGCUUCUUUAGAACUGUUCGUUUUGAGGCUAGCUUACCGCACCCACCCGAACGAUACGAAGCUGACGUUUUGCAACGGGGUCGUGUUGGACAAGCAGCAGUGUCAAAGGUCCUUCGGCGACUGGCUGCAUGCCAUCAUGGAGUUCUGCAGCGGCCUGAUGGCGAUGGAGAUAGACAUUUCGGCGUUCGCAUGUCUGUGUGCCCUCACCCUGAUCACCGAGCGCCACGGGCUGAAAGAACCUCACCGUGUGGAGCAACUCCAGAUGAAGAUUAUUUCUUCAUUGAGAGAUCACGUGACGUACAACGCGGAGGCGCAGAGGAAGGCGCACUAUUUCAGUAGGUUAUUGGGCAAAUUGCCCGAAUUGCGGUCCCUGAGCGUGCAAGGACUGCAGAGGAUCUUUUAUCUGAAAUUGGAAGAUUUGGUUCCGGCCCCUCCCCUUAUUGAAAGAAUGUUCGUCGCUAGCCUACCUUUCUAAAUUGUUAGUUAAUAUUUUUCGAAACGUGAUAAACUCUUCUAUGUGAUUUGUUGAUAUAUAUAGGUCGUAUUUACGUGUAUAGUCUUUCCCCGCAGAAAUUGCCCAAAAUUCCGAAUGGGUCAUGGCCUAAAAAAGUAUUUUUGAGGCAAUGAUUUAGUCUGGGGCUGGCCGUUUUUUGGGCAGUUUCUUUGUAAUUCCGAAUUAUGUUUAAACAACUUUUGGUGUUGCAAUACUUAUGCACAUUAAACUUAUUAGACAUGAUAUGUACCUUUUCCACUUUGAGAAGACACAUCACUAUUUACAAUUGAUGUUUUUUACGUUUUUUGUAAAAAUUAUUGUUGCUUACUCUUGUAGGCUUAGUUUUACCUAAUUGAUGUAAUUACAUUACGUGUUGCGGUAGUGCUAAAGCAAUUUAAGCGAAUUGAUUAAAUUUAGCACUAAAGCUAAUCGGAAACCGUUAUUUCAAGAACAGUUUCUGGCGUUCACAAUUUUUGUUUGUGACAAGAUCUUUUGAAUACGUGACCAAGAAAAGAUAGCGAACCUGAAGAUAAUACUCUUGAGAGCAGAAACUUAUGUUACAAUUUUACGUGAUAAUGUAUAAUUAGGAUUUAUAGUAAUAUAUUAUAAGCUUUUAUUAUUUUUCCAAUGUUACCACUACACAGAUCGUGUGGAACCACUAAUAUAUGCGAUAUACCUAGUCAAGGCACUGUACAUACUUAAAAAAAUAUUUUAUUUACACUGUUUACAAAAAAGAAUUAUAUAUUUUAAUAGUUAUGUAAUAAAUUUACCUGUCGGGAGUUACCUGCAACUAUUUAAUUUUUAUAUUCGCUUUAUUUUGUGUAUUUUUAUAGAAAAAUAUAAAAAAGAGUCAAAAAGCUUUCCCCUUGAACGUCGACCAAAAUCAUAGAGAAUCGAUUCCUAGAUUUUUAAAGGGGUUUUUACUAAUUUCGCGCUAGUUACCAAUCGACUUGAAGAAUUAAAUGUGCCAUUUCAUAUCUAUGAUUUCAUAUCAACAACUGCCUUGGAUUGUAACGGAUGGACUGAAAAGAGAGUUACCUGAAGGAAUGGUCGAACAAUUUAGGUGUUAACCUGCACCUUUAUUCUUUAUAAAACUUACACCGUCCGCUUAUAAUAUUUAUAUAGUCUUUUAAACAAACAUAUACAAGAGCUUUAGUUGAUGUCCUUUUCGCACUAACGGCUUUGUUCAAAGGAAUUAAAUAAUUUAUUGUAAAUAAGAUGCUAAUAUAGAGAUAAUUGCUAUUUUUUUAGCAUACGGUUCGGGCAAACGGGAACCUUGCAAUAUUCGUCAUCUCUAGAAUUUUGUACCUGCUUGUUUCCUAUCUUUUUGUAUAUUUUGAAAAAAACAUUGUAUACUUAAUUGAUGAUACUCUUGAGGAUCAUUUUUGAAUGAUCCCUCCUUCACCACGUUAUGUGUACUCUUUUCUUUAUAGGUUAACUACCUAUA